AUGUCAAGCAUCGGGGCUUUCGCCUACUACAUCGAAUCCAUCGAGUCACUAAGCCGGAUCAACACCUACUUUCUGCAGGAGAAGGUCAACUUCAGUGACAGAAAAGAGGUUUCGGAUUGGCUGACACGGUUUAAAGAACUGGAUCUACGCUUAGUUCACUGGAAGAUGUUCCUGCCUCAGCAGUGGAAGGAUUCGGGGAUAUCGCGUAGAGAAAUGCCAGGUGUCAUGGAUCCUAACAUGACUUUGGCCCACACUACUCAUAACACUUCCAUGAUUCUAUUACACCAACGAAUCGCUUAUCCAGCACAUGAGCUGCGUGGUAUCAAGCUGCCGAGUAGCUACAGCGCCGAAACCUGCCUCGGAGCUGCUGUCGAAAACGCGAAUAUGGUGAGGAAGUAUCUCGCUGGGUCGCCAGUUGAAGCCAUAGUCUCUCCACAUAUGUCUUUCUGCUGCUUUAUCAGUGCAAAGAUUCUUCUAGCAUUACUUGAAUACGCUGACGAGAUCAUCAACGAGGAGAUUUUGGCCCAGGCACCGACCAAACAGGCAGACAAACCAUCCCAAAUUGCAGGAUAUAUCUCUCAGAGCUCGGUUACACCAGUCAUGUGCGACACUUCAUCUGUUGAGUCGACCGGCGACGAGCUCUCGGCGAUAUCCAGGGUUUUGAUGGAUGAAGAGUUUGCUGUAAUGGAUCGCAUUAUGAGCUACGACGAUAUCAUGUUCAACACAAGACUUGAGGAUUUUGAUGCAGGCUCGUCCGAUAUGUGGCUCAUCCAGGAAAGCGAUAGUGGUGACCAGACGGGCUUGUGA